AUGCACAUGGUGCAAUUCCUUGUCAACUACAAUUUAAACGACGUGCGAUUGCUGACCGCGGCGAUUGAUGCCUACUCGAAAAAGUGUCUCGAAGUUUUUGGACUUGGCGCACAUGGAGGACUCUCAAUUGCACAGCUUGCCCAAACUGCAGCAUUUAUGCACUAUGAUGAACAAUUGCCGCCAAUUAUUUCGCCGCCCAAAGAGGCAGAAAGCUUUUACAAUGAUUUGCGCGAAAAUCUUACAGGCGGCAUCUGUCAGUCUGUUCACCGAGCAGUUAAUCUCAAUGGGCCCAGUGACGAUCUUCCCAAAGAGCUGUGGCAAUCUACAAAUGGAGAAGCCUUUUGCGACUUUACAAUUUACGAUUUCAAUGCUUUGUAUGGACACAUGGCUCGUCAACCGCUUCCAAUUGGCGCCGGAAUGCUGUACAAGCGACAGACGAGCAAUUUCAACAAUUUUAGAGCGACUCCACUUUAUCGCAAAAAGGAAAAUCCCUCACUCGAGUCGAUCCGCUACCUCGAGUACUUGAACAAAAACUUUAUGGGCGAUCGCAUCAAACAUGCCUACAAUUUUGUCGAAAAAAAGAUUGGGCGAUAUUCGAUUGACGGCUUUGCUACACUUUCAAAGAUUUUCACCAACAGCGAUGGCGAGCACAUUGUUCAAAAGCUGCUUGUCGAGUACAAUGGCUGCCAUUUUCAUCCGUGUCCGCUUCUUUCCUGCAAAAAAGUGCUCUAUAAAUCCGCUAGAACACGUCGAGUUUCUGUCAAUGGCAAAUUUGUCAACAAGGUUCUUUCGACGCCCGAAAUUGUCCAACUAGAAAUUGAGCGCAUCCAUUCGAUUGUCGACACAUUGCGCGAGCAAGACAAGAUGCAAGACUGGGGAAAGCCUACUCUAGACGGGCAACAUGUUCAAGGCCUCCAAGGCCCACAAAAUUUUCACCACGUGUUGCGCAUCAAGUACCACUGUGAAUGGGUCAAGGAAAAGUCGAUCAUUUUGAGAAAACGUCCCGAGAUGCUCUACAGUGCCGAUUAUCCGUUUUUGUUUGACGAAGUCGUUGGCGAAAAUGACGUUAGGGAAACCUUUGCUCGUCGCAUCGAGGGCAACAAGACGCAAUUCUUUGGCUUUAUUAUGGUUGAUUUGAAGGCGACGCAAGAAGUUUAUGAUCGCCAUCCCGAAAUUCCGCCCAUUUUUGCGCGAGUAAAACUCGAAGCUGGAGACUGCCAAGGACACAUUGACCGCAUCAUUCCCCCAGAUGUCAAGAAGCGAAUGUUUCCCAAGGAAGACAACAUCUUUUGCUACAACAAGGAAAACUACUUGUGCACAAGCGAUAUGCUGGCAUACUUGAUUGACCAAGGCUACGAGUAUGAAAUCAAGUACUUUGUCAACUACUAUCGAGGAGCGCCCUUUGCCAACUUUGUCAACAAAAUGGUCAAGGAGCGAAUCGAGUGCGAGAAAAGGGCGACGAUGCCGGCUCAAACAUCAAAUCAUCGCUUUGUAAAUACAAAAAUUGUCGGUGCUGAUCGUCUCCGCGAGUGCUUUGAAAGCUCAAUGUUCAAAGCUUAUAAACCGAUUCGCGUCGAGGAUGUGGCAAUGGACCCGCUUCAUGAAGUUGUCAUGCGCAAGUCGACCGUUAUUGAGAAUUUGGCACUUCAUAUCCAAGUCGCCAUUUAUCAAAACUCGAAGCUGCAUUUAUUGCAGUUCAAGGACAUUAUCAAGGAUUUCAUGAUUCCUGGAACUGUAAAAUUUUGCUAUUGCGACACAGACUCGCUGGCCUAUGCUCGAACAAGAGCGACGCUAAAAGAAUGUGUCAAGCCACACUUGGUGAAAAUGUGGGAGGAAGCUGUCGAGCCACAAUGGUUUGCUGGAGAAUCGGUGGAAAGUCAAAAGGAGCCGGGGCUGCUGAAAGAAGAGGCAUCGAUCCAAUCGGGCUGGUUUCUAACACUUUCGCCCAAGUGUUAUGCAUUGUGCCCAAAAGAGCCCUGCGAGUUGGAGAAGCAAAUUGUCGACCCAAGAAAUGAGCAUCGAACGCUGGAGAUUUUGCACACUUUUGCGCAGCCCGUACGGGAGCCCAAAAUUACGAAAAAGUCGACCAAGGGAUGCAAGACAAAGAUUCAGCUUUCAAUGAGAGGUUUUCGCGAGCGUCUAAGUGAAACGGUCGAGUACAUUCGGCGCCAAAGAAGUCGGUAUCGGCGCUCUGUUCCGUUGAGGCCUCCACGCAAUCCAGUAGAUGCAGACGAGAAAAAUGAUUACGAGUUGUCGCCAGAAGAGCUCGAUUGGUAUUAUCCCGCCUCGAGAAACAUUAUCAACUGGCAAAGCGAAAGCGACAAUCUUGGCGAGGGAACCAAGGCGGACAUCAAGUUUCUCAACGAGCUCAUUCCCAACAACAACAUGGAAAGCGCUUAUCCCGACCCCGAAGAAUAUUUUGAGCCGAUUGAAGAGGAGUGCCUGUAUGCGCUAGAUUCUCCGCUACAAUAUGCGCCAAUUUACUUUAUACGAGAUCAUUGGGACCAUCACAAAAUGUCCUUUGCUGGGGAUCGCUGGAAACGCCAUUACGAACUGUGCAAUCGGUACAGCAUCACUUUGCUCAACACGUGGGAUAUUCAAGAAACGGUGAGAAAAAUUGCGCACAAUCUCAAUGGGCUGCUGCGCGUUCAAGUCGACGCCUUUUACACAACCAUAAGCUCUAGAAGAUUGCGCGAUCGACAGGGAAACUUGCACGAAAUGAGCCCCAAGGUGAGGAUUGUAUACCCCAACACCUGGGGCUCAGUAAACGACACCGAACUUCUUGUAACUCCCGCCGACAUUGAUCAACUUGUGCACGAACUUGAACCCGACGCCUUCAAAAACAAACUCUUGAUCAACACAUUUCAGCGGCGCAACGUGUUUCAAGACUCGAAUGUGCGCCUUCAUCGCCUGCUCGCUUACCAAGUUGUCGUUUACACGUUUCCGCCCUCGUGGAUACAUUCCUAG